AUGAAUAACGUGUUAUGCAGAUUGUGCUUAAUGAAGUGUGAAGAAUUGUUCGGAAUGUACAUCACCUCGCCGAGCGGUGUACUGCGUAGUCUGCCGAAAAUCAUACGGGAAUGCAUCUCCAUCGAGGUAAACGAUCUCGAGCCGAACUUUUUCUCAAAGUUCAUCUGCAACGAGUGUAUCUACAAGCUGGAGCUGUUCUACGCCUUUCGGCAACAAAGCAUCAAGAGCCAGGAUUAUUACAAUGGGCUCAUACAAUACUAUCAGCAAUCAGUGCCUUGCUCGAGUAAAGUAUCAUUAGAUCCUGCAGCUGAUGCGGCCCAGGUGCCCGGAACGGUUGAUAGCGUAUUUGAACCAGAACAGUCAGUUCAUUCAAACAACGAGCUGGCCGAUAUAAACUUUUCCGGAAAUGAAUUUAUGAUGGACGAAUCGGAAAAGCACCAGCUCAGUAAGGAUUACGACGAUAUUAUUCGUAAUUUGCAAAAAGAAGACCUCGAUUUUUCAACAAACGAUGGCGAAUUAGUGAUGAAACAUGCACUGGGAAUCUCAAUAUCGACGAAUGACACCAGAAUAAGCAAGCAGGCUGUGCUGCAGCAGGAAUGCUCAAGCUACUUACACCACGGUACUGACGUCGCGGUAAAUAUUGUGCAACCUACGGAGCCCAAUGACAACGGUUGUUUCGACCCAUACCAUACGAUGGCCGUAGCGUGUGAUAAGGACAUAAUCAAUAGCAGCACACUUUCCGUAGACCAGGAUGAUGAUCUUAACUAUGAUGAUUUUGUAGGCAUCCAAACGACACCGUUAGAGGGUAAUCGAGAAAUGUCUUUAUCCGAAGUGCACGUACAAGACAUAAUAGCGGACGUGUACAAUGUUACACCUGACAAGAUACAGCCGACGGGUGCAAUUUCAUCUUCCCAACAAAUUGCUGACGUUCAGUGCAGUGAAAUUUCAGCGCUUCAACAGAACGAUGGUUCGUUCUUUUCUCUGGUUGACUUCAGUGAAACGGAAAUUGCUACCGCCAGCAGUAGCACAACCUGUACGAACGGUACGACUGAGUUAGCGAACGACAAAACGUGCGAGAUUUGCUUCAAAACGUUUCGCACCAGACAAAAGCUCACCAUCCACCGAAACACGCAUCUGCGAUUGGCACCGUUCAAGUGUUCGUUCGAAGGAUGCACUAAAGCCUUUAAGUCGCGCAUCGGGCUCGAUGAGCAUGUGGCCCGACACACGAACAGCUUCGAGUUUAGCUGUGAUAUCUGUCAGAAAGGAUUCCAGCACCGUAGCUAUUUGUCCGCCCAUAGGCGAGCGCACAACACGGAACGAAACUUCCAGUGCGCACUGUGUGAGCAAACGUUUAAGUCAAAGCAAGCGUUACUAGAUCACAAAAAUCGACGCCAUCUCGGUGUGAAACCGUUUGCCUGCGAGCUGUGCGACAAGCAGUACACGAAGAAUGCUCAGUUGCGGGCGCACAUCGAACAGCAUCACGAGAAGCGGGACGAUGCGAGCACCCGCUAUCCGUGCCAGGAGUGUGGGAAACAUUUCACCUCUAAAAGCUACCUGAACGUACACAAGCGAAUACAUCGAAACGAGCGACCGUUCGUGUGUGAAAUCUGUAAUAAGGGGUACAUCACGCGAAAAGAUCUCGCAGUCCACAUGACAAGCCACACGGGCGAGAAACCACUUACCUGUGACAUUUGUGGCAAGGCGUAUGCACGCCGCAACGCCUUAGACUGUCAUCGUAGGACGCACACCAAGGAACGUCCAUACGUCUGUGAUAUCUGUGGUCAAUCAUUUUCCCAGCCAACACCGUUACGGGUGCAUCGGAAGCUGCACGAGACGGUGGAUCACAAUAAAAAACAAUCACCGAUGGAGAUCACCAAUGUUACGCCUGCUUCGAACCGGCAAUAG